UGAUCCUUUGUUCCAAUACGUAACCAUCUUCAUCUCCUCCUUAUUCUUCUCUCUUCCUUUAACGUUAUUAAGCCAACCCCUUCAUAUUUUUGUUCUCUCUUAGACAACUCUGUAGCAUUUUUACCUCAAACUUCUACAUUCAUGACCACUUCUUUCUCUGACCUGCUUUCAUCUUCCACCGACCACAACCUGGGAGGCUCCGAAAGGCCUCACGUGUUGUCGGAUAGAACAGGUUCUGGUGUCCCAAAAUUCAAGUCUUCAACCCCUCCAUCGCUCCCUCUCUCUUCUCCUCCUAAUUCUCAUCAUUCUCUUCCUCCUGUUUCUCCUUCUUUCUUUAAUAUCCCUCCUGGGUUAAGCCUUGCUGAACUUCUUGACUCUCCGGUUCUCCUCAACUCGUCUAACGUUUUGCCAUCUCCGACGACUGGAGCAUUUGCUGGUCAAAGCUUCAAUUGGAAGAUCAGUUCUGGAGAAAGCCACCAAAAUGUCAAAGAAGAAGACAAAAGCUUCUCAAGUUUCUCUUUCCAAACACAAGCACAACCUCCUGUUCCAUCUUCAACUAGCACAUCUCAAACAGGUUGGAGUUUUCAGGAAACAACUAAACAUGAUAGUUUUUCUUCAGGAAUGAGUAUGAGUACGGUGAAAACUGAAAACUCUUCUAUGCAGAGUUUCAUCCCUGAGAAUAACCACAAGAGUGGUUUUCAAUCAGAUUAUAACAGUUACCAUCCACAGGCUCAGACCUUGAAUAGAAAAUCAGAUGAUGGGUACAACUGGAGGAAAUAUGGGCAAAAACAAGUGAAAGGAAGUGAAAAUCCAAGAAGCUACUACAAAUGCACAUACCCCAAUUGCCCAACAAAGAAAAAGGUUGAAAGAUCUUUGGAUGGCCAAAUCACUGAGAUAGUUUACAAAGGUACUCAUAACCAUCCUAAGCCUCAGGCUACAAGGAGAAACUCAUUGUCUACCUCAUCACUUGCAAUCCCUCAUUCAAAUCAUGUCAGCACUGAAAUACCAAAUACCAAUCAUGGCAAUGGACAUAUGGAUUCAGUUGCCACCCCAGAAAACUCAUCAAUAUCAGUGGGAGAUGACGAUUUUGAUCAUAGUAAAUCAGGAGGAGAUGAGUUUGAUGAUGAUGAACCUGAUGCCAAAAGAUGGAAAAUAGAAGGUGAAAAUGAGGGUAUAUCAGCAGCAGGAAGUAGAACAGUGAAAGAACCCAGAGUUGUAGUUCAAACAACAAGUGACAUUGAUAUUCUAGAUGAUGGGUAUAGAUGGAGGAAAUAUGGGCAGAAAGUUGUAAAGGGAAAUCCAAAUCCAAGGAGUUACUACAAGUGUACAUACCCAGGAUGUCCAGUGAGGAAGCAUGUAGAGAGAGCCUCACAUGACUUAAGGGCAGUGAUCACAACCUAUGAGGGAAAGCACAACCAUGAUGUGCCAGCAGCACGUGGAAGUGGCAACAAUUCUAUCAAUAGACCAAUGCCAAACAACACCAUUAGUGCACCCCCUUCUAUAUACACUAACAAUUCCAUCAACAAUUCUCUUCAGAAUCUUAGAGCAUCAGCACCAGAAGGGCAAUCUCCCUUCAACCCUCAGAUGCUGCAAAGCUCAAGAAGCUUUGGAUUCCAAGGGUUUGGAAAUCCAAUGGAGUCUUACAUGAAUCAGCUAUCUGACAAUGUUUUUACUUCUAGAGCCAAGGAGGAGCCUGGAGAUGAUUCAUUUCUUGAAUCUUUGCUAUGCUAAAGAAUUAUUAUUUUUCGCAUAGUUUUGGGUAUAUGGUUGGAAUUUUUUGAAGGGGUUGGUUCAGAAUUUUACUUGACCAAUAAGAUCUGGUUCAUUCCAUUUAUUGUAUUUCUUUUAUUGUAUAUUUUCAAACCCACAGGA